AUGCUCGCCCUUACACAGGCCCUCAAGACCCGCUUCCGUGCCACUGCCCCAGGCCCCAUGUCGUGGACCAGUGACACCAUGACACAGAUCAUUGAAAAGUUGUCAGCAGUGGUAAGCAGUCUGUUCGGGCCCGGCAAUGUUGCCUUGAAGAAACGCCGACUCUCCCAGCGUGGGGAUGAUGAACCUUCCUGGAUCGAUGAAGAUGCCAGAGCCCGUCUCUGGGACCGUCAUAUCAAAUGUCUUCUCCAGGGGCUCUCUCAGGCCACGAUGUGCAUCAAGGAUCAGCAUGCUGGUGACCUCGAUCGUCGGAGUGCCCAGCGCUUCAGCUACCGUGGCGACAAAUUUGCGCAUCUGAGACUCGAGAAUCUUGUUACACUUGUGAUGCCAAUCACCCAUGCCUCGGCCGUCAUUGAGCACCUUUAUUCCAGGGACAUGCUUGAACAGGCGAAACGCUAUAACAAGACACCGCAAGCCCGCGUUCGAUACAGCCUCGAGAGAAAUGCCGAAGACGUUUCUUUCGACCACGCAGUGCGCCUGCUCGAGAAUUUGCCUUCAGAACUGGGCCCUAUCCUGGAUUCCUGCCACGUGGAUGAUCAUUUGCUAAAGACAGUCUGCAAUGAUCUCUACGCUCUUCUUGCGAAACGACCCAUUCCGAGUCUGGUUGUCAAUGCAUCGACGGAAACACUCUCCUUGUGGGAGCGUUUGGCACGCGUUCCUGCUGACGAGGAUGUCGUCAUGCCCGAUGCGCCAAGUAUGACAGUUCCGCCAGCUAUUUUGGCGAUCCCAGGCAGCUUCCCGGAAGAGGACACCAGUCGUAUAGCUGACGCACAGCCAAAUUUGCGUCAAAGCGAGUUCGCUGCAAGCCGUCCUGCGCAAUUUGAAAUGCCGCUUGCCUCAAGAGACUCCUUACCUACCCUCCACGACGGUAUUCCCUUUAACUUGACUCAAGCGCAUCUUGUAGAUCCGCAAAGCGCUGAUACAUCCAGCGAGAAGGGCUCCUCUAACGUGUAUAACCACCGGUCCAUGCGAUCCAUUCUGAAGGAGAAGCUGAGGUCAACGUCUUCGCCAGAUGCGGCGCAAUUAUCUCGACGCAGACCUCACGAUCGUGACCCUGACUAUUCUCCCUACCACCCCCGCUCUUCUGUCGGAUCGGCUAUCCUAUCGCCGGUCUCAAAGUGGUCUACUUCUAGAUCACCACCCUCGUACGUCACGCGCCUGAAGUCGCCAAAUUUGAGGCGAGCGACAGCCCCGAGCACGGCAAGCCUCUUCACCCCGGCCUCGCUGUCACUACAGAACACGGGUCAUUACUUCGUUUCAGCCGGUGGGAAAGAGGCCGAAGACAUGUCAGACGUUGACCAGACAACCCAGAUCGCAGAAGGUUCCAACACGAAAUUUGUUAAUAGGGAGGCGUAUGACGACACUCUGAGCAACACGGAGGCCAUACAUUGCACUUCAUUCAGGCCGCUUUCUUAUCAAGACAUCGCCGACGGGCAUCGAAAUACAGCCAGUUAUCUCCGUCAUAGCAUAAAUGAGCUGGAGGGGCAAGGAGAAAGCGAUAGCGCCGACGAGAAGCAAGAAGACCGCGAGCAUGACGCAGGUCGAAGAGGAAGAACGGGAAUUUCUCGCAGCAGCUGCAGCCAAAGCGCGGCGGAGGCCGAGAAAAAGCGUGCUGAUGCUGAGAAACUGCUCAAGACGGGGGGCUUGCGUCCACCUCACAAGCCCAUGGUUGCUCCGCUGUCAGAUGACUGGUUGCGAAAAGUCGAAGCCUCCGUCACUCGUCAGGGUGCCAGCGUUGCGCGCACAUUUGAGGGGACCGAACUCACCCCCCGCGACUUUGCCAGGGUUGUUCCUCCGACAGAAUGGCUCAACGAUGAGAUUGUGAACGGCACAUUGCUAUGGCUAGAUCGCUUCAUCAACCUUGCAGCCGGUGUCAGUGACACUCGAUCAGCGAACAGGAAGUGCCUUGCACUGUCGUCGUUCAUCUGGAAGAGGAUACAGGAUGCUGGACCCGGGAGUACCGGCCGAGCGCUUCGCCGCUUUGGUGUAUCCAAGGCGAACUUUGGCGACCUCGACACGGUUCUGCUACCAGUGUGCGAGAACUCUCACUGGACACUCAUUGUGGUCCGGCCCAAGAUGCGGACCAUUGCUCACAUGGACUCACUGAGCGUUGCUGGAUCCGCUAGUAAACUUAAACUGGCCCAGGCUUGGGUCAAGGCUGUUCUCGAAGAGAACUUCAUCGAAGCUGAGUGGAGGGUGGUACGACACGACGCCCCUCGACAGACGAACGGAUACGACUGCGGCGUGCACACAAUCACAAACGGCAUGUGCAUUGCUCUAGGUUUGAACGCUAUUGACACCUAUGCAUCAGAUGAGAUGCCCCUGCAGCGACUUCGAAUAGCUGCAAUGCUACUGAAUGGAGGUUUCAGCAAGGAUUUCGAUCUUGCUGGUCUGUGA